AGAGCUCUAUAAAUUCCACCUCAUCCCCUCCCAACUUUCUUCACUCAACAGCUUCACAUUUCUCUUAUCUUGCACUCUCCUUUUCUCUCCUCCCAAGUCUCAAUCUUCUCGAAAAUGGCUCUAGCUGGGAUUUUCUUGGUGGGUUUCCUUGCAAUGGUUUCAUCUGUUAAUGGUUAUGGUGGUGGAGGCUGGAUUAAUGCUCAUGCAACAUUCUACGGAGGUGGUGAUGCUUCUGGCACAAUGGGUGGGGCUUGCGGUUAUGGGAACUUGUACAGCCAGGGGUAUGGUACUAAUACUGCAGCUUUGAGCACAGCUCUGUUCAACAACGGGUUAAGCUGUGGAUCUUGCUAUGAGAUCAGGUGUGUGAAUGAUCCCAAAUGGUGCCUGCCUGGCUCCAUUGUGAUCACCGCCACCAAUUUCUGCCCUCCGAACAAUGCCCUGCCUAACAAUGCAGGGGGCUGGUGUAAUCCUCCUCAACACCAUUUUGAUCUCUCCCAGCCUGUCUUCCAACACAUUGCCCAAUACAGAGCAGGAAUUGUGCCUGUGUCUUACAGAAGGGUACCCUGCAGGAGGAGAGGAGGCAUAAGGUUCACAAUCAAUGGCCACUCUUACUUCAAUCUUGUCCUGAUCACUAACGUUGGUGGUGCCGGUGAUGUACAUUCUGUGUCCAUCAAGGGGUCCAGGACUGGUUGGCAACCAAUGUCAAGGAACUGGGGGCAAAAUUGGCAGAGCAACAAUUAUCUCAAUGGACAAAGUCUUUCCUUUAAGGUCACCACCAGUGAUGGCCGAACUGUGGUCUCCUACAAUGUGGCUCCUUCUAGCUGGUCCUUUGGGCAGACCUUCUCCGGCGCCCAGUUUCGUUAGGGACCACACUUGCCUCGGUGGCCCCCGUCCUCUCACCAUACUAAAGUUUGCAGCAUGUUAGGUCUAUAUUCAAUAGUUAGCUACAGAAGUAGUAUUAGUAUGAUUUUAGUAAUACUAAUAUAUACUCGUGUCUCAGCUGGAGGUCAGGUCAGUCUUUGGCCUCUUGGGUCAAGAUGAGAAGGGCUUAUUUUAAAUGGCUCGCUACUCAUUUUGAGCUAAUUGAGAUACUCUAGGGUGUUUUAUUCAGGGGACACGCUAUCAGUGUCCGGGUUUAGCCAUCUUUUCUUCUGUUGUUAAAGGGGCAGAAGAUCAUGGCAGAGGUGGUCUUUACCCCCCGCCGCUCGUUUUUUUUUGGGCCUCCACAGCCUUGCUGGGUCUUGGAGGCCUUUUUUUUAUUUUAUCUAUAUAUAUUUAUAUAUAAUAUUGUAAUCAAUCAGCUUCCGCUGAAUUAUGUCCUUGUUUCUUGAGUCUGAAUUGUUUGAGACUAAGUUGUAAAUUUCCGAUUGCUACUAGUGAUAAUGAAAGUAGUCGCUGAGUGCUAUGUAUUCUAUU